AUGGAAUAAGACUUCUAAGGAAAAUUUAAUAGGUCUUUCAAUAUGUAGUAGGAUUAGUUUAAAGCUUAGCAUAGCUUCAUCUAGGAUAAGCAAAAUUAAGGUUAAAAAAGCACAUUUUAAUACACUUAAAAUGCUCAGCAAAAAUUCUAACAUAAUCCCAGAUUUAAUAAAUUUGAUCAUGAAGCUGAUUAAAGCUCAUACUCACUUAAAUAGUUUGAUAGAGCUUAAUCUUAUGGCAAGAAUUAUGGAAAAGAUAGGAAUAUGCACAUUGAAAAGGAUGGAUCUGAUUUAUAAGAAUAAUCAACUGGAGCAGCACCCUUGAGAAAAGGCAGCUUAAAUUAAUAUCAAAAAGAUCAGAGUUCAUUCUAAGGCAAAUUUAAUUAAAGAAAAGACUCAAAUAAUGAGCAAUUCUAGUCAUUAAGAGGCCUCUCUCAAGACGAUAGCAAAGUGCCUGCUAAAACAGGUUAUUUGGGUAAAAAUUUUGAUCCUAACUACAAGAAUAGAUUAGCAAAACAAAGAGAAGGAUCAUUAGAGAAUUAAGAAGAUGGUGAAAUAAAGGCAAAUAGUAAUCCUCUUCGUUAACCCAGAAAUAAUUCAUCUAGCUUUUAAGGAUCAUCAGGUUCAGUUCAUUAGCCACCUAGAUAACAAAAUCAACCAUACUUCAGCAAUGUCCAUGCUAAAGGACUUCUUCCUUACUCUGUUGAUGAAGGUUUUGAUAGCUUCGUUACAGUAUUGAUGGUUGCUGAAAAACCUUCUAUAGCACGUAGUAUUGCUGAAGCUCUUGGUGGAGCAGGAUUUACUACUCGUAAAGGAAUAUGCAAAUUUUCUAAUGUCUUUACCUUCUAUGGCCAUAUUUUUGGAAAGAAAGCAUUGAUUAAAGUUACAUCUGUUAUUGGACACAUUUAUACUUCAGAUUUUACUUAAGAAUAUCAAGAUUGGAGAAGAGUUGAUCCUUAUAAGCUAUUUAAUGCCACAACUUUAAAAAAAGAAACAAAUCCAAAUAGUUAAAUCAUACAGCAUCUAUAAAAAGAAGCUAUGGGAGCUAGUUAUCUUAUUCUUUGGUUAGAUAAUGAUAGAGAAGGUGAAAAUAUAUGCUUUGAAGUACUAACUAUUUGCAAACCUGAAUUGAUUAAAGAAGAUUUCCAAUAAAUUUUCAGAGCUAAGUUUUCAUCAAUUACUCCAAUUGAUAUUCGCAAGGCUUUUGAUGAGCUUUCAAUAGGUCCUAAUUUCAAUGAAUCUCAAGCUGUAGAUGCCCGUUAAAUUAUUGAUUUAAAAGUUGGUGUUGCUUUCUCACGUUUCUAAACUAGAUAUUUAGUUAGAAAAUACGAAGAUUUAAAUAAUAAAAAAAUUACAUUUGGCCCUUGUUAAACUCCUACUUUAUCUUUCUGUGUUCAAAGAGAUGACGAAAUAAAAGAUUUUAUUUCUAAACCUUUUUACAGAAUUAUUCCUAAAAUCAGCUUAGUCCCAAAUGAAUUGAUAAACUUAGAAUGGACUAAAGAAAGAACUUACGACCAAUAAGAAGCUUUAGAUGUAAAAUAAGAGUUAGAAAGCAUUGGAUAAACUUCUGUUGUAAAAGUUGAUAAUAAAGAAACCUAAAAAAUAAAACCAGUUGCAUUGAACACUGUAAAUUUCUUGAAAAUGGCUUCAAAGCAAUAUGGUCUCGGUCCUCAAAAUGCUAUGCAAGUAGCUGAAAAAUUAUAUUUAGGAGGUUUUAUCACAUAUCCCAGAACUGAAAGUACUAAAUAUCCUGAUAAAUUUGAUUUUAAUUCAGUAUUACAUGCUGUAUGUUAAUACCAUUAAAAUUAGAAUAUUAGCAUUUAUGCUUAAAAACUCUAGUAAAAUGGUAUUCACAAAUCUAGAUUAGGAAAAGAUGUUGGUGAUCAUCCUCCUAUUACUCCUACCAAUAAAAUUAUGAGAUAAUAACUAUCUAGAGACGAACAAAACAUUUACGAACUUGUAUGCAGACAUUUCUUAGCCACUGUCUCUUCUGAUUGCCGUCUCUAUAAGAAAAAAGUUCUUUUCUAAACUGGUAACCAAACUUUUUCAUUGAUUGGCACUGCUGUCAUAGAUAAGGGAUACCUUGAAGCUUUACCUUGGUAAAAGAUUUAUGAAAAUGAAAUACCUAACUUUUCAGAAGGAGAUCAAAUUUAUCUUCACAGUGUAGAUAUUCAUUCUGGAAAGACUCAACCACCUGACCAUUUAACAGAGUCUGACUUAAUUAGUUUGAUGGAGCAAAAUGGAAUAGGUACUGAUGCUUCUAUGGCUCAACAUAUUUAAAAUAUAUGCGACAGAGAGUAUGUUCAAGUUGUUGGAUAAGCUAGAAGAUUAGUACCAACAGAACUCGGUUCAUCAUUGAUUCAUGCUUAUGCUGAAAUUGAUCCUGAAUUGGUAGCUCCAAAUUUGAGAAGCUCUAUAGAAAGAUCAGUUGAUCUUAUUUCCUAAGGUGAAUUAGACAAAGACUAAGUACUCUAAAGUGUGAUAGAAUUAUUCAAGAAUAAGUAUUUGUAUUUCGUAAGUAAAGUCGGUGUCCUCGAUAAAUAUUUUGAUCCAAUUUACUAAUCUAUUGAAACAACCAUAAGCCAAGCUUAGUAUUUUACUAAAUGUGGAAGAUGUAAAUGCAAUAUGAAAAUAUUAGAUAAAAUUGGAAAAAUCUUUUGUGAAAGAUGCAAAUUUAUGUACGGAUUACCUAGAGACUCAAAGUAUUCCAUAGCAGGAGAAUGCUUUUGCCCUAUUGAUGGAUUCUAACUGGUGCUAAUUGAAUCAACAGUUAAAGGUAAUACCAAACGUUUUACCAUCUGUCCUCUGUGCUUCUAAAAAACGCCUGAGUUAGAAAACUACAGUAGCGAAGAAAAGUAUUAAAGGACAUCUUGCAAUUUAUGCUCAAAUCGAAGCUGUUAAUUCUCUAUGGUUAAUAAUGAAAUAGGUCCUUGUCCCCACUGUAAAUAUGAGAAAGGUGGCAGACUUGUCCUUGACUGGCCUGACAAUAAUAAUUAUACGAUGACUUGCAAUGCAUGCAUGUAUCAAUAUUUGAUAGUAAAGAAUGGUAAAUUAAUUAGAUCAUAAAUGAAGUGUGCUAACUGUAACUGCUUCUAAGUUAAAAUUGAAACUAGUGACGGUUUUUCUGCAUUAGGCUGUUUGUUCUGUGAUAUUUAAACAAAGAAUAGGAUGGAAGAAAGACCUCCAACUGAACCUUAAGGUGAGAGUAGCUUGAGAAACUAGCGUUAUUUUAAUGAAGAUCUUGACAAAUCAAUUGAGGAUUAACCUUUGAAACUUAAGCAACCAUAAGCAUUAUAGAUAAAUAAUAACCAAAAAGUGAUAGGAUUAAAGAACAAUAUUAUGGAAAUAGAAAACUAAAUUACUGAAGCAGAUCAGCCAAUUAAAAAGAGAAGAGGAAGACCACCCAAAGCUGCUACAGAAUUUAACUUUUAGGAAAAGGAAAAUAUUUAGGAUGAAGCAAACACUAAACCAUAAACAAGAAAACCUAGAGCAACCAAGGCAAUUAAGAAACUUUCUCAAGAAGAAGGAGAAGCUGAUGAGGAUGAGGAAUAAUUUAGUAAACCAACUCACCCAACUGUAGAUUUUGUUAAAAAGGGUAUUCAAAAGGCUCCUAAGAGUUAUGGAAAUACAUUCAAUUAAUUCAAAGCUCAAUAAUAACAAAAAAUUGAUAAUUAAUUCCAAAACUCUAAUUUUGAAGAUAUUUUAGAAGAUUCACACAAAUAAGAUUUAGAGUUUUUCUCAAAGUUCCCUAGAAAUAACAUAAUAAAAGAAAAUCAAGAAACAUACGAAAUCUUGAAAGAAUCUACUAUGUUAUUAUCUGAAAUCGAUGGACAUUCCACCUUUAAAAAUUAUAGUAGCCUUGAAAAUUCAUUCUAACAAAACAAUAGAAAGCCAAGAUAAAUGAAUAAUUUCAAAUAGAACCAGUUUAAUAAUUAAUAAUUCUAAGGCAACUCUUUUAAACAAAACAUAUCUACAAAUUCAUCAAUAUAAUAAAACAAUUUUUAAUAACAACGCAAACCAAACUAUGAAAAAGAAAUGAAUAACUCAUUCCAAAAUAAGAAUAAUAGCGCACUAGACUCAUCAUCAAUAUUGCUUAAACAACUUGACUUCUGA